AUGACUCAGCUAUCUAUAGAGGAUAAGGUCUACACUGAAAUUUUGCCGCUGUCGGCUCUUACGGACAACGGUCCUAUCGAAUUUAUGAUCCCGGGAGGAGAGAAAUAUCUGGACUUAAACGACACCCUGCUUCAUCUACGCAUCAAGAUCACCAACGCCGAUGAAAAGGUACCAAUUACUCUUUCUCUGUUUUCUUCUCCAGAUUGCCUGCAGUGUAACGUUUAUAACCAGGAGAGGAGAUCCACUCUGGACCAGGAGGAGUUAGAACCUGUGCAGGUGAAACAAGAACAGGAAGAGCCAGAAGAUCAUCAGAUAAAAGAAGAGCAGGAGGAUCUAAAACACCAGCAGAUAAAAGUGGAAGAGAAAGAAGUUUACUGCAGUCAGGGUGAAAAACAGAUUGAAUUAAAACAGGAGACUGAUACCUGCAUGGUGGUUCCUGUUGAUGAGCAUACAGACCACACUGAAUCAGAACCAAACAGGAACCUAGUCAUCUUCCAGGAAGCUGCUGAAGCUGAGAACCAAAAUCAGGAAAGAAGAAAACCUUUCUCAUGUGUCAUCUGUAACAAGCGUUUGUCUUUCAAAUCUGUUUUUGAUAUUCACAUGAGAACUCAUACGGGUCAAAAGCCGUUUUCAUGUGUGACCUGUGGAAAAUGUUUUAGUCAUAAACGGGAUUUAACUCGGCACAUGAUGAUUCACACUGGUGAAAAGCCGUUUUCAUGUGUGACCUGUGGAAAAAGUUUUAUUCGAAAACAGCAUUUAACUGGACACAUGAGAACUCAUACAGGUGAAAAGCCGUUUUCAUGUGUGAACUGUGGAAAAAGUUUUGGUUAUAAACUGGCUUUAACUCGGCACAUGAUGAUUCACACUGGUGAAAAGCCGUUUUCAUGUGUGAACUGUGGAAAAAGUUUCGGUUAUAAACUGGCUUUAACUCAGCACAUGAUGAUUCACACUGGUGAAAAGCCGUUUUCAUGUGUGACCUGUGGAAAAACUUUUAUUCGAAAACCGCAUUUAACUAAGCACAUGAUGAUUCACACUGGUGAAAAGCCGUUUUCAUGUGUGACCUGUGGAAAAAGUUUUGGUUAUAAACCAGCUUUAACUCAGCACAUGAUGAUUCACACUGGUGAAAAGCCGUUUUCAUGUGUGAAGUGUGGAAAAUGUUUUAGUCAUAAACCGACUUUAACUCAGCACAUGAGGAUUCACACAGGUGAAAAGCCGUUUUCAUGCGUGACCUGUGGAGAAAGUUUUAUUCGAAAAGGGGAUUUAACUCAGCACAUGAGGAUUCACACAGGUGAAAAGCCGUUUUCAUGUGUGACCUGUGGAAAAAGUUUUAUUCAAAAACAGCAUUUAACUGGACACAUGAGAACUCAUACAGGUGAAAAGCCGUUUUCAUGUGUGAACUGUGGAAAAAGUUUCGGUUAUAAACUGGCUUUAACUCAGCACAUGAUGAUUCACACUGGUGAAAAGCCGUUUUCAUGUGUGAACUGUGGAAAAAGUUUCGGUUAUAAACUGGCUUUAACUCAGCACAUGAUGAUUCACACUGGUGAAAAGCCGUUUUCAUGUGUGACCUGUGGAAAAACUUUUAUUCGAAAACCGGAUUUAACUCAGCACAUGAUGAUUCACACAGGUGAAAAGCCGUUUUCAUGUGUGAACUGUUUAAAAAGUUUUAGUAAUAAACAUUAUUUAACUAAGCACAUGAGGAUUCACACUGGUGAAAAGCCUUUUUCAUGUGUUACCUGUUUAAAAAGUUUUAGUCAAAAACAAAAUUUAAUUCGGCACAUGACGCGUCACACAGUUGAAAAUCUGUAGAAGUAUGUUCCAUAAAUGUCCAAUGUUGUAUUUGUUAAAUGUGAUCAUUUUGAUCUUCACAUUUGGAUACUUAGAGAUGUUCAACCAUGAC